AAUGAGAUUUAUAAUAGCAGGACUACUUUUAGGUGUGUACGCCUUUGCAGCUAAUAUCCCAUCGGAAUUUGCUUCCACUGGUAUAGUGCCCGACGUGUUAUCCAAGGCACCAAAUGAAUUGCUUUCGAUAAGUUACAAAGAUGCCGACGGCAAAGAAAAAGAUGUGGCAUUCGGAGAGGAGCUGACACCGACGAUGGUAAAAGACCCCCCCGCUUUGGCUUGGUAUAAUGAAGAUAGUGCAUAUUACGUUGUUGCUAUGAUUGAUCCAGACGCCCCGAGCCACGAGGAUCCAAAGAUGCGCGAGAUGCUGCACUGGCUGGUGGCUAACGUCCAAGGGGGCGACAUGUCCAAGAGCGAGACCAUCGUGGAGUACACGGGCUCGGGUCCCCGCAAGGACACCGGGCUGCACCGUUACGUGAUACUCGUGUACAAGCAGCCGGGAAAAUUGAGCAUCGACGAGCCGCGCAUCCCCAAGACCGAGCGCGGGGGUCGGGCCAACUUUGCGAUUCGUAACUUUGCCGACAAGUACAAGCUCGGCGAGCCCGUCUCUGGGAACAUGUUUCGCGCGCAGUACGACGACUACGUGCCCGUCUUGAUGAAGCAGAUGGGCGUCACCGAGUGAGGGCUUUCUUUCCCUUUGACUUUUCGUCUCUGCAUACAUAAUGUAACUUUUUUCUUUUCUUCAUGUACACCCAAUGGGCAUGUUGUUAACACCUUAUUUCUUGGAUUAAAUCGAUUUUAAAUUGGCAAACGUGUAAUUGAAGCAUUUCCAACCGUGUAUCUGUGAAAUAAUAAAAAUUAAUGUACUCUGAAA